CGCGCCGCGAGAGAGCGCAGAGCGCCGCGCACACAGAAGUGCCGAGCGAGCGAACCGAGGCACCGAGGCCGAGCCGAACCGAGCCGAGUGGAGCCGUGCUAGCGCUAGCGCAGCGCGCCGUGCAAAGGAAAGGAAGGCACCGAACGCGCAACGCGCACCGCGACGCAACGCAACGCGACGCGACGCGCGAAGGCCGAGGGAGCAUCGCGCAGCAGCAACACCAACCUGCAGCGUCCUGCAGUGUCUCUCAAGUUUUCCAGUGACUAACGCAGUGACAAAGUGACAAAGUGUGAACAAGCAAAGCAAGACCACGGCGACAGACAACAACAAGGAUUGCAUCCCUCGGCGCCAGGAGCGCUGGCACGUCCAUGGAGGAGGAUUAAAAUGAAAAGCCCUGGCGGCCCUCACAGUAGUUGCUGACUCUCUGGAAGUCCGGCGGCGAGGCCCUAGAGCUCGGCGAUGGGUUCGGAGCAGCAGUUCUGUCUAAAAUGGAACAGUUUCGGCAGCAAUUUGGCGACAGCCUUUGGGAAUUUAUUCAAGUCGGAGAGCCUGACGGAUGUAACACUCUUCUGCGAAGGUGUGACGUUCAAAGCUCACAAGCUAAUACUAGCAGCUUGCAGUAAACACUUCCAGGAUCUAUUUGAAACAGCUCCAGUAUGCCCGAGCAUCCUGGUGAUCCUGGACGGUACCACCUCCAGCAACAUGUCAGCGUUGCUGGAGUUCAUGUACAAAGGAGAGGUGCAUGUUUCACAGGACAGUCUUCCCAGCUUUCUUAAAGCUGCGGAAUGUCUUCAGGUCAAGGGGUUGUCCAUAGAACAUGAGAAACUUGCUCUUGUUCAAGAAAAGGAGGAUGUGCCAAACAGUAGCGACAAGUUGGACUCACCAACUGGUCGUAAGAUAGCACGAUUAAACUCAAGUCUGAAGGAGGUGGCAGAUAGUUUGAAUAACAACUGUGGCUCAGAAAGCUCAUUAGCACGAGCAGAGCACAAUUCAUCACAGAUGGCAUCUCCUUCGUCCCACCCAUACUCACCCGUCCUGUCCCCUUACAUGCACCACUACAGACCUUCGUAUGAGAGAACGUCAUCCACCGCACCACCGGCUCCAUCUCAAGGGUACGAAAAUGCUCCUCGGAAGCGCCAUCAUCGUAGUCCAAGUGAUGCUAUCCAAGAAAGUUCAUCAGCUGUGCGAGCAUCGGUCUUACGAGAUGGUAGCAGAAACCGACCCGCAAGUGACCCAGAGAUGCAUUACCACCCCAAUAGUGGUCAUGACCCAAGAGAAAUGUCGCCAAAAGUUGAAGAGAACCAUUCAUACGGUCACAAUUCUCCAUCUACACACCGCUAUGAAGAAGGACCUAACGGAUCGAAUGCUGCUUCGAUGGUUUCAUUUGACAGAACUGGUGCUGCGGAUCCUCCAGCUGAGGGUAAUAACAUCGGUACGCCUGACAGUCACCACUCCUCUUCCUCCUCCGUAAACCUUGACAACCAAGACACUUUCGCAGAGGACUUGAGAAUAAAACAAGAACCAUCUGUUCGGUCAUCUGUUGAAGAGACAACACAACAGACCUCAGUCCCCUCACCUUAUAUAGAUCAUCUGGCAACUGACAAAACUCCAGAGAUACUGAGUCCCAGUAUGUGGAACUCAAAAACAAUGCCAAGCUUGAAGGGUCAUGCUACGGGUAGUAUGAUUGAUGGAGAGACAAAGAUUGAUUCUUUGAAAGGUUACACGGCACAGCGAACUCCUGAUGGCAAGAAACUUCAAUGUCCGUUUUGUGAGAGGCUUUACGGGUAUGAAACAAAUCUCAGAGCUCACAUUCGGCAACGUCAUCAAGGAAUUCGAGUCCCCUGUCCUUUCUGCUCUCGAACCUUCACAAGAAAUAACACUGUGCGACGACAUAUUGCUCGAGAACACAAAACGGAGCUGACUCUGAAGGCGUAUCAGCAAACUCAAGUCCUGAACCACAGCCCAUGAGGCUUGCUGCUCGCGCCUUCCCUCUACCCGUUCAAUCUGCAGCUUUAAAUUUUAAUUGCCAUGCUGACCUUUUCUAAGUCCUUAGCACUCAGUGCACACCAACGUUGUACGGGUAUAAUCACGGGUAAACAAAUUUAUUAUUAUUGUUAUAUGAUAUUGGAGCAACCUGCUCCCUGUGAGAUGUGACGGGUUUAGUGCUGCUUUGUGUGCUGAGGACAAAGAACUAUUGUAUAAUUAAGUUAUGGCAUAUACCUGUUUUCUUGUUUACUUUUUUUCUAAAGAGAGAUGAUAAAACCGAACUCAAUCAGGAUGACAGAAUUACCUCAUAAUUAUAGCUAUUAUAUUGAAAGAUAUAUUAAGAAAGUUCACAAAAAGUAUCUAUAGAUUUAUAUAUUUGAUUGUAUAUGGACAUGUUUAUUAUAAUACCAUGUCUCUGAGAAUUCCUCAGGAACACUGCUCCAUUUAUUUAAGAUUUUGGCUAGCAUGUCUCUCUCUAUCUCUCUCUCGCAGGGUUUGUAGACAAGGCUUAGAGAGAGAUUUGCAAACCGCAACAACAGAUACUGCCAAUAUUGAAUAAUCCAUGAAAGUGUUGAUAGCAAAGCCUCUAAAUUCACUACCUCCUGUUGAUUCAUUUUUAGUUCCCACUGUUUUUCCCAAAGUCUUGUUCUAACAAGAUUUGAAGAGUUAAUUUUUGUUUUCUUUCAUCUUCUGUGAUUCAUUUGAGGAUUAUCUUAAGUUACUUUCGCCUUCUCAUAUUCUGACCUGUGGCUUCAGCUGUAUCACACUGUAUGUGGUUUAUUUACGAUUGCAUCACUUAUCUCAGGGAUCUGAAAUCUCACAAGGUAUCAUCUGCUGUAUAUGUAUAGAAAUCAUUUGGUGAUACAUAGUUAAUUGUUACUUCUCUUUGCUGUGAUGCUUAAUUAUCAGUCACAAUUACUCAAUUGUCUGGGUUUUUGCACUUGUGGAUUCUAGAAUUUUUUCUGCUAUAAGGUAAUGAAUCGCAUUCAUUCAGUGAUGGGACCAUUUGCAAGAACAUCCGUUAUCUCUGCUUCAGGGAAAUAGUCUGGGACAGCUUAUAUAAGUAGAAUUGGUUUGGAAUGGUCAGUACUCUUUCUUUGAAGAAACUAGUCAUUUUAGAAACGCCCCCCCGGUGUUUCUCUGAAUUGCUGUUACAUUUUACUGUUUGAUUGCACACUGCUCCGUAACAACUCCGUUAUUGCAAGGGUCCAUUGUUCAACAUGACACCUGAAGAAUAAGUUUGUGCCAAAUCAAUCUCAAUUCAGGUUUAUGUCUAACUUAACCCUCCCCAGAAUUAGGCAGUGAGAAAAGAAGUCGUGAUAUUUUAAGUCUCCGGUCCAUUUUUUCUUUACAUAUUGAACGGAUGCAUCAAUGGUUCGGCGCGAGUUUUGUGAAGAGUAAGGAUAAGAGUUCUAACUGUAAAUAGUGUCACUUUUGACAUCACAAAUGUCUAAUGAAUGUUGUAUUUCUUUAGAUGCAAAGCAUCUCAAAAUUUUACUUUCUGUGUUGUGCAAGAAGAGUUAACGAGUGAUUGUAAGCUUUGAUAUUUUCCCAGGUUGAUGUGAACCCGAUCCUAGUUGCUAGAUUUCCUCUAUUUUAUGUGCUGGUUCUCUGUUAAUUUUUUCCUUUAGAAUUUGCAUGUCUUCUUGUUUAAUUGCAAAACAUACUUGAGAGCGAAAAAUUGUUUUAGUAGUUCACAAAUAUUUUGCUAUCUGCUCCUAGUCAACGUAUUUCCUCUAGUAAAUAAGUACUUUGGUUGCACAGGUGUGUUCUAUCAUUGUGAAAGUUAAGGUUGCAGUAUUUAUAUUGCUAAGAACUCUUAAAAUAUGUUGUGCAUCAUUGCACAAUUCUAUCAGGACACAACAUCACAGUUCAGCACUACUUAUGUUGCAAUGUACAAUCUACUUUAGCAGAACCAUAGAAACCAACUACCUCAGAUUUACCUGUGAAUUUUAUACAUUAAGUAACAAUACUCUGGUUAUCGUACAAUAUCUUUUUUUUUUCCCUUAUGUGAAGCACUUUUGAGAAAUAGAAUCUGAUAUGGUGGAAUACAGACUCAAUGAUUUUGCAAUUACAUGUGCGCUUUUCAAGACAUGCUCUUGUUAUAAAUUAUAUUUAAUAUCUCUGUAUCUGUUAAAUAUUGUUGCAAUGCCAUUUCUUUAAACAGAACCGAAAUUGUCUUGUGUUUUAAAAGUUUAAGAUUGUUGUUUUGGAUGGGCCACAACUUCAAAUGUAAAACCCCCUGGCAAGAGGGUGUGCCAUAUAUCAAAGAGGAUUGCAAUGCUUGUGAUGUUAUGUACAGUAAAAUGUGAUGUGCUUGUUAUUUCUGUGUGAACAGAUAGAAUGCAGACACUCACAAAAUGUUAAAUAUUGCAGUUUCUCUCCAAUGAUUCUUCUAUGCGGGUAUCUUAUUUCUUCCAUCAACUAAGUUUUUUUUUCUGAAAAUCUGUUUUUUCUUUCUUAUGUCUCAGGUUCUGUUUAUCAUUGGUUAUAUUUGUUUUCUGUUAAGUUGGUUAAUUUUUAACACUUGUUUCUGCAGUGCUUUACCCUUUCAAUUAGUUUGUUGAUUUAGUUUUUACGUUUUUUACCUUUGGUGUUUGGUUAUUGCAUGACUAACUGAAAGAUAAUUUAAGUCUGUAGCACCUGAUUGAUGUUUUGGCAUAUUUUCUGUACUAACUCUACUAUAUUAUUGAUGUAUUGUUUUAGGUUAUUGUCUUGUAAAUUAAUGUGUCUGUGAGUGUUAUAGCACUUAUUGUCAAAACGGGUAUGAGAAGCAGAGCUGCUCUCGAAUUACGCUACAAUUUGGCAUUCGCAUAGGUAUGUCUCUUCUGUCGCUCCUAGUGAAAAUGAAACUUGUUUAAGACGUUUAAGUUGUGGUGACUUUUUUUUUUCUUAAGUGGUGUGAAGAGGAACUGUUAAGAGCCUAGUGCUUAGCAUGAAGUACAAUGGGGUUGAGACAUUGUUGCCCUUAGGAGUAAUUUUAUUUUUUGCAACAAUGCCAAUCAGUCAUUACGUACCUUGUUGGCUCACAUGGGCCAUUCAAAUUAUCUUGCUGUUAUCUCCAGUAUUUUUAUUGUUUGUGUAUGUCACAAAUGUUUGAUCUACCUCAUUCAUACGGGUCAACUCUCCUUUGAAAAUUGGAGAGCUAGCAUAGGUUUUAAAUCAUAAUUCAGUAUUUAUGAGAAUACUUAAGGUGGACUGGGCGACUGCUGGCGUGUCGGAGGGGCAAUAAUGGGGCAGUCAGGGUGACGAGUUGCGUCUGUGAUAGGGCCUUGUCUGACCAACUGCACGCCAGCUUAGUGGCCAGUCAAACACUGCUUAAAACGGGUAACUUAAUGCAGUGGGUCCUCAGCAUGGCACAUUCUGUGGUCACUGCCUCUGCUCCUUAUUUUCAGAUAGUGUUUAUGAUAAGAGAGAUAGGCAGAGCAGUGCACUGUUGGAAUGUGUUGUGGUCUAGUUAGGAUGCAUCACAACGAGGAACCACUUGCAACUUUUUAGAUAGUCAAAUAAUCUGGUUCUUUCUCAGAUCUGAUAUCUUUUUAUUCAUGAUGAGAUGGACAGUUUAAAUGUUGUCGGAACAUUCAUUUUUUGAAACUUUGUACAGCAGGUGCAGUUUGUCCUCUUGCGUAGUAUUUAAUUGUUAAUGAUAUUUCAAAUGUUACUGUUGUUACAUACUUUUGAGGAUAUCGUGUCUUCAAUUGAGCCCUAUCCUUCCACAUUCUGAGCUUCACUUCAGAAAAGCCCAAAUGAAAGUUAGCUGUUAAAGUCAAAAUUUUAUUAGAUUAUGGCUGACAAUAAUUUCAGUUUGAAUGCGAUACAUCACUGCCAAAUGGUGUUACUGUACAGUUUAUGAAAGGUAGUAGCGGACAGUCCUCACUGCCUGUCCACAUUAGAACUACAACCUAAUCGAGUUUUGGACAGGCUAUCAAGGUUGUGUUCCGUCCACGGACGGCUUUUCCAGUGUAUUGCUCAGACUUAUUAACCCAAGAAACUUCUCAGGAAUAUUUAUCAGGGAUAUAGGUAUAGGACAUUUUUCCAGUGUGGUGCUGGCUGAAGACUUAUCCUCCUUAAAAUUGGUUGUUACAUAAAUAUCACAUUACAGUGAUCAGAAAUGACAUCACGCGACAUUGUUUAUCAGCAAGUAAUGUAUUUCUUACAAUUAAGUUUCUUGUUUUCUUCUUUUUUUUCCCCUGUUAAUCUAUGCUUCCAUUGAAGACACUUGACAGUACAAAUCUAGUUUACCCCAUGUGGCACCGUUUUAUGUGCAUACAUCUAUAAAAUCAACCUCAGGUGGAACUAGAAGUUUUAUUUCAUCUAUCUCCUCUUUCUUUCCUUUUCUUCCCUUGCUCUAUGAGCAAUGUUAUAUUCAGCUUAUUGUUUAUAUUGAGGCUUUCUUUUAUAUUGCCUCCUGCUUACGGGUCUUAUUGUUGAUGUGGAAUAAACGGGUGCACUUUUGUGUGUGUAUAUAUACAUACGGCAUAUACAUGUCAAUAAGUUUAGGUAACUAAACUGAAAACUUUCAGAAAACUGAUGAACUCAUAUGCGACAAUUUAGUCCUCAGAUGAAAAAUGUUGUGAAUGUACAUACAUACAAUAAGUUAUAGAUUUGAAACAUUAUCUACCUCAUUUUCAAUAAUAGUAUUGCCACUUCAAUACUAUUAUUAUAAUUAUCUAGUUUGCGAUCUGCAAAUAGUAUUGGAAACCUAUUAUUUGAUUAGGUUUAUCUUCCAUGUUCCUCGUCCCCACUUAUUCAAUGGGUCCAAGAAAAAGUAAUUGACUGCUUGAUUUCAAUAAUUAAGGUGAAAGCAGUUUAUUAUCAACCAUCAGGCUACUGUCUGGAAUGAGUAUUGGGCGGAAGUUCAGUUUCUAGUGUGUAUGUGUCUAUUAGUACAAAGUUUUUGAUGAGGAUUACGAAAUGUUGUUCAUCGCUUGUUUUGUUAUUUCACCACAACUUAGCGUCUUACUCUGCUUUGUGUGUUUAUGUCAAUCCCUGUCUGGUCUGCAGUGUGCUACUUUAAUUCUUUAAUGUGUUAGAAAAAAUAGAAAAUUCUAUCAAAAAAAAAUUCUUAUGAAAUGUGUCUGUGAACAAGUACAAGAGUUAUUCGUAAAAUACAUGUUUGGGAGAGCAGAUUUUGAGGGACAUGCGACAAUGUGCGGUGUCUGUGUGGAUGCCGGCGUAUUGGGGCAAGUGAAAUUGUGUUAUUUAGCAUUCUGCGGAUUUUCCUACUAGCUUUUGUAGUUGAAUGUCUGAAUGUUACUUCUUUGAAUUCAUAUGUAGGUUGUUUGAUUUGUAAUGGAUGCCAUGUAAUUCCUAGCUAGAUGUGCAACUCAGUGUAAAAGGAGUGGCAGCGAUGCUCAGUCGGAUUGUGCCAAUUGCCACUUGCUACUUGAGGUGUUUUGAAUGAACGCUGUGCAAGUCAGUCAAAAUAAGUAGUCAAGUAGUGUGUAGGGGAAGAUUUGUGGUAGGUUGGUAACUAUAUUUAUGUACAGAUCUGAGGCUGAGAAGUUUUUAGCAAAUGCUUCAGGUUGUCAACAUUCUUUUAAAACAUAGAUUUGUUUUUAAAAUAGAAAGAAACUUAUGCAUUUUGUAACAAAAUAGUAUUGCAGAGAAAAUAUUUUUGUAUCACCAAUUUUUGCACCAUGAUUGUCUAGGUUUGGAGACUGUGAAGCACUGGCUUGCAAAUAGCAGUGGGAUCAGAAAUGGCAUCUAUUGCAGAUUGAACUGGAAAAUGGGACUUGACUUGGGACUGUAGCCACAUCUACCCUGUCACGUUUCAUUGCUCUGUAUAUUUAAGUCGCUCAAACUAGAUCAAAAGGACUUGCAGCGGUGUUCUCACACCAUAAUCAUGUCCGUCCUUGUGAUUUGGGGGCGGAACUAUGCCCCUCCCACCCUUGUCAAGUAUGGAAAUAUAUGGGAAACUUUGUUAUCAAUUUUAAUGUGUUGAAGUAUAUGUGUGAUUAUUUUGCGCAUUCAUGCACCUCUAAAAGUGUGUGUGUGUGUUUGUGCUGUGUAUGUUUGCCAGUGAAUGUAAGUGAGCGAAGAAGUAUGUAUGAGUGAAUGCCUGUGUUAAUGUAUAUGUUUGUCAGUAGAUGUGUAAGAACAACCAUCCCUUUUAAAUAUGUUUUAAGUUUCUUUUUUACAUGCCCAGUCAAAUAUUAUUGUCCUCAGGAAAGUGAGUUUUUUUAUACCGGUUUAUUUUAGUUUAAGAAGUAAUGUAAAUGUGCAGUUUUUUGUUUGUUUCUUUUAAAUUGCUAACAUUCAAGUGGGCCUUUACAAGCAUAGCUGAUCAUUUUUAGGCUUUAACAUUGUAUGUGUAGGCAAACAUAAAUUUCCAGAUGUUUUGCAUAAUUACCUGCUGAGCACAUGUGUCAUAUAUGUGUGUCCUGCUAUAUAGAUCUGAGUAAAAUAAGGUGUUUCCCUGAAAUAUUUAUCUCCCCUAAUACUGCAGCUUGCCAAAAGCAGCUUGAAACCAGGCAAUCAACUUUUCGGUUUUAGAGAAAUGCUAGGUGGAAGUGCAAGUCAAUCCUUUUGUACCAGACCGAAAAAUUGACACAGCACUCAAGUUUAAUGUGUUUUCAGUCAUUCUGCAAAAUUUGUCGGAAGUGUGUCAAGAUUGUUCAAAGUCAGUACUUACUUGCAUAAAAAUACCGCUUGGCUAGCCAUGGCCUGAUCAAUCAGAUUCAUGUCAGAGCUAUAUUCCAUGAAGAGAAUCCAAGAUUCAAGUUAACAAUUUUGGCAUAACAUGUGUGCUUUCAAAACAUAUUUCAAUAUUUAUAUAUAUAUUUUAUUUUGUAUAAAUUAGUCUAUCAUUAAAGUGAUUGAAAUCAUUCAAAUGUUAAAAGUUCGGAAUUUUAUGGAUAUCUAAUUAUACCAAAUAUAUGGACAUGUUUUAUAAUUUAAAAUUUAAAAUUUCAGUUAACUUGUGUUUGUUUUUCUCCAUACAUCUGGAUAAAAAUAAAUUUUGCAUCAUUCCAAUUAGGAUUGUUAAUUUACAAUCGUGGCUACUGACUUAAAUUUUAAAGCUGAAGUGACAUUGGAACAGUUGCUUUUGUAUUUGCAUUGCUGGCCAUGAAUAGCAACAUAAAAUUUUACAACAAACCCAUUUUCUAUUUGCUCCUUAUUUUUUCUUGUUUUGGUGUGUAGUGUCCAAUCAUGUGUUUUCAUAUACAUAGCUAAAUGUGACUUGAAUGUUUUAAGAGAUCAUUAAUGGUUUGUAAUAGUCUGUAUGUUUGAUGUUUGUACAUGUGGUAUAUAUACAAUAAGAACAAUUUUGUUGUUUUCUUUUUAAAAAAAUAGAUCUGUGUGUAGAUGAAACAUUCUUUGAUGUUGUUAGAUGGUUUGAAAUUAUGUGUAUUCAAAACUUUUUAUGAAAAUGUGUAUUUUGUUGUAUUUCAUGUUCAUGGAAUGCAUUUGUGACAGAUUCAACUGUUUGAAUGUGAUUUUCGCCUGUCAUUGAAAAUUCACAGUGAACUGCUUUUUCUCCCAGUCAAAAUUGAAUUACAGUCUACCACAUUUUGCUCUCCACAUUUUGGAAAUGUUGGAAUAGUGAGUUUGUCGGAACAAUGCCAACAGUAAGGUGAAAGUUUGUGAUAUGUAAAGCGUGCUCCCCAUUGUUGGGAAGUGACAAGGCAGGGACAGUGUCAUUGGGUUGAUUGCCCUUCCAAGGAAGAGCAACAUCACCAUUGUUGUUACCUGCUGUAAGGCAAAAAAUCAAGAAAGGAAAAUGCUCUUUGCUGUGUAUGUUUUGUAUCCAGUGCUAGUCUGGCAUACUAUAAAACCUGAAAGUUGUUUCAAUUUCCUUGUUUUCCUGUCUGAUUUCAAUGGAUUAAAUCCAUCUUAAACAUUUUUGAUACCAUUAAAUGGUUUGUAAUUGCCUGAUUGUACCCAUAUGUAAGUUAAGAUUGUACUACAAGUAUGGCGUGAAAGGUUCAAUCUAACCUUUGUGAUGUGAUCCUUAGGUUGUGUUUAAGUGAAACGUUUGUGACAAGUAAGUUUGUGAUCCUGCUGUCCUUUUGUGUAACAUUAAAUUAAUCUCCCCAAAAUGCCCAUGCUGGCUAUUACGUCCGGUGAGGUGAAAGAAAUGGCUGUCUGCAUUCUCAUGAAAUGCAUGUGCUUACCAAAGAAAGUAGCACGUAAGAAAAUUUUACAAAAAUUGAUCAAGUUGAGGAAACUUUUGUUUAACCACUAGCAGGGGAUCCAAUUAUCUUGUUACGACGUAAUUGAUAAGUUUGUCGAUGUGUUUUGUUAAAGCUAUGCAUAUGAAUGAACCAUAAAAUAAAAAUCUGUAAAUUACUGUGCAGCUGCCUCCGAUUCUGUCACUUUUUUUAGCCCGAUGGGGUAUAGUACCUGUUCAGCAUCCGUUUUUUUAAAUUGUGAGAUUAACUUUUCUUUUUCUUUUUUUGUUUCUGUGUGAUUUUGCACUUUGUGUACAUUUGGAUUCCUGCCUUGCGCCUGCAUUGGAUGUAGCUCAGUGUGGUUUGUGGGGAGAGUGUCUCAUUCCUAGCAAAGAGCAAGGUGACAAAGAAUUAUGGAAAUCAAAUUAUGCUUUGUUCUGUGAUUUUUACGUACCUGUCAAAGGCUAUUUUUUUAUGUUUUGUGUUGGAGUUAUUUUGGUUUCCUUUGCAAGAUGCAAGGUAAGGACAAGGACAUGGAGGAGCUGUAGGCAUGGUUCAUACUGAGUUGUAACACCUUUUUCCAAAUUGUUAGGUUUUAAUUUGCUUGGGCUCAAGCUGUUAUUAUUAUUAUAUUAUUAUUAUAAUUAUUAUUAUUAUUAUUCUUAAAACGUCAAGGGGCCAUUUAUCAUAAAGUGAGAACAAUUGAUUUGGAGAGAAGGGUGAGGGAAUGACAAGAACACGGGUAGGCAACUAUGUAUCAUGUUUGUGGUAAAUGGCCCUUCUAUAAUUUACAAUUGGUUGGUAUGUUUCUUUUUGUUACUGUUGCCCUUCGAAACAAAUCUUUGUUAUUAGUAGUAAAUGUUGUAUGUGUUUCUGUGUAGUAGCUAGAAUUUUACUGGAUAGGAAUGUUACAACUUGUCAUGUGAAGUGUGCUUUCAUUAGGCAGUCCAGAGCAUUGAAGGAAUGUGUGAAUGAAGCAGUUUGUUUGGUUGGGAGUCAUGCAUUCAUGUUUUGCACCUAAAACAUACUCACUAGCUGUAACUGGACACAUGUAACUAAGAGUAAAAUUGAUGUCAGAAAAUGGAACUUCAAAAGAAAUCACAGAUUACUAAUAAACUAAAUUUGUUGCUACAAGAAAAUGUG